UUCGAAUGAUGUAUAGCGUCAUUAAAAAGGAACAUGAUGCUAACUGUAUUUGCGGAGACGAUUGUCCUGGAAGUAGAACUUUUAUUACGAUUCUUUACGGACGUUAUUUAUCCUGGGGAAUAAUAAGGCACAGGACCCAAAGAAUACGCGAGCUUCAAAAGGCUCUAGAAGAAAUGGGUCACACGAUAAAAUUAAUUCCUACAAUUUUCUGGGAUCGGCUGCAGAUCUGCAUACAUGGCAACGUAAUAUUUCAAUGCAAAUUAACAAACUUAGAAAGAAAUCCAAUAGAUAUGAGUGAAAAUCCAGUUUGUCAACGCGCAAUUAAUGCCGUCAUCAACAGCCUUUUGUUAUUGAAUCGUAACAAAAUAUGCAGAGGCUCCUAUUCCUAAAUGCUAAAAAUACAAAUAAAAUCAU